GGCAGUCUUUCCAAAGCCAAACCCACAUCUUGAAUCAUGAAACCCUAAAACCCAAAUCCCCAAUUCUCAAUCCAUUCUCUUCUUCUCCAUCCCCAUCUCCAUCACCAACAAGAUUUCUUAGAUGCUCAAAUUUAGCCGUGAAUUCGGUGGCUAACACCAAAACUCCACCCAUCUCACUAAUUCUCUCGUCUUUCUCAUGGUAGAGACCUAGCAAUUAGCAAGAACAUUAGAAAACCUUAUCUUCUUCUUCCCACUAUCACCAGUACUUUGUAUCUCCAUUUCUUAGUCUUGGGUUCCUUGUAUAUGUGAUCAUCACCAGAUAUAUAUAGUAAUUAUGGAUCCAACUAGUCAUGGACUGUCUCUCCCUCCUUUUCACACAAGAGAUUUCCACCUCCAUCACCAACAACAGCAGCUGCAGCUGCAGCAGCAGCAACAACUUCAAUUCCACACCCAACAAAACUCAGAAGACGAACAAAGUGGUAGUAGCAGCGGCGUAAAACGCGAGCGUGAAGACAACAACAACAACAGAGACUCCGAAGGCGGAGGAGGAGGAGGAGGAGGAGGAGAGAUUACUAGAAAGCCAAGAGGUAGACCAGCUGGAUCAAAGAACAAACCAAAACCCCCAAUCAUAAUCACCCGGGACAGCGCCAACGCUCUCCGCGCUCACGUCAUCGAAAUCGCUGAUGGUUGUGACAUUGUUGACAGUGUGGCUACAUUCGCUAGGAGGAGACAGAGAGGGGUUUGUAUAAUGAGCGGAACUGGAACUGUAACCAAUGUUACACUCAGACAACCAGCUUCACCAGGUGCUGUUGUGUCUCUACAUGGAAGAUUCGAGAUAUUAUCGCUUUCCGGAUCAUUUCUACCUCCUCCUGCUCCGCCUGACGCGACGGGACUGACUAUCUAUUUAGCUGGGGGACAAGGGCAAGUUGUUGGUGGAAGCGUGGUGGGUACGUUGAUUUGUUCCGGUCCGGUGGUUGUCAUGGCUUCUUCGUUUAGUAAUGCUGCGUAUGAGAGGCUUCCAUUGGAGGAGGACGAGCCUCCCCCCAUUGGAAUGCAAGGUGGAGGAGGAGGAGGAAUUGGGUCGCCAGGAGCGAUGGGGUCUCAGCAGCAGCAGCAGGUGUUGGGGGAGGGAAAUCCUGCUCCUAUGUUUCAUGGGUUACCGCCGAAUCUACUGAAUUCUAUUCAGUUACCAAGUGAGGCUUAUUGGGCCACUGGUCGUCCUCCGUUCUAGCUAGCCAAAUGUGGUUGAUUUAGGCCGGUCGUGGUGAUUAGAGUUGAGGUUUUUGGAUGGUGGCUAGGAAAUUAAUUAUGGCUUGCUGCGCUGCACCGUUUGAUGAUCUAUAUAUCAGGUUUUGAUUUCUCCUUAAAUUUUAGUUCUUUUGUUUUGGAUUUGAUUACUAUUAGAACAAAUAGAUGUAAAAAUUUCUUUGAUUCCUAGCAAUGA